UCACUGAGGAUAAACAACCAGUUUGAUUGUACGACCAGAGACGUAUCAGCCAGAUUGAUUCUAAGUCCGAUAGAUUAGUCUUACGACGUAAGCAAUAUAUGGGUUCUACGACCGACUGAUUAGUCCGACGACUUAAGACAUAUAUAGGUUCUACUACCGACUGAUUAGUCCGACGACGUAAGCAUUAUAUGGGUUCUACGACGUAACAAACGAUUAGUUGUAACAAGUAACAGAACGAUUAUUCCGCGAAGCAACAGACGUGCUGUUUCUAGGCCGCUACAGCUGACUAUAUUUGCCACGUAACAGACGGAUGUUUUCUACGACGGAACUGACAAACUAGUUUCAGGGGAUCAUCCUACAGAUUGGUUUACAAAAUCACUGUUUCUAAAAAGAGGGACUAUCCACUGGUUCUACGAAGCAGGGCAUAGAUCGAUUCAACUCACUGGGUCUAAGAAGCAAGGUACGGGUCAGUUCCCUGACGUAACAUACCCUUGCUCUAAGAAGCAAGGUACAGAUAGGUUCUACGACGUAACAUUCCCGUUGGUUGUAAGACGUUACAUGCAGGCAUAAGGACAAGAACAAGAGAGCACAUCACAAGGUACAGAUGGGUCUAAAAAGUUAGGUACAGAUAGGGUCUACAAAGUAGGAUACUCACAAGUUCUAAGACGCAGUUUUAAGAUCAGUUCCCUGACGUAACAUACUCGUUGGUUGUAAGAAGGAAAUCCACGGGCGAACGGGGAGAGUGAGGACACCACAAAGGUACAGAUGGAAAAACAGACAUAUCUUCUUUUUUGCUGCUGCCUGGUUCUAUGUGGUUUAGAUCGGAUACCGGCAGAUUACAAUGAUACAGAACUAUUUACUGAUAUAUUCCCUGAUGACGCCAAAUUGCUUAGCUGUCGGGGAUGUAAACACAGACCUAAGGAUGGAAAGUUGACGCAACCAUCCUGUGUUGUUUGUAUGUGUGAUUUAGACUGUAUUAAAUAUAGUGAUUGUUGUAUUGAUGUGAUGAUGAAUCUAGGACUACAUACACAACAACCACAGUCAGAAUUCACCUGUAUCUCACCUGAAUUGGAAACAUCCAUCUUCAGUUUAAAGAAUAUGGCGAGCAUCAUGGGCGGUUACUAUAUGAAGACGGAGUUUAUAGAUGCCCAUGACAGACAUCAGAGAUGUAAUAAUUCCACAAUACUGCCCGUUACAUGUCAAUCUACUGGUAUUACUUACAUAAAUAUGGAAUGCGCUUUUCUAAACCUGGAUAAUGGUUGUAAACAUUGGACUUUACAAUCAGAAUGCGACGUGAUAGGUACGGACCAGCACAGCAGGUGUAGGACGUACCUUAUACCGCCGUUCUUCGCAGAGCUGAGAUAUUGUGACGCAAGAAGAUCCCAACCCGUCAUAUCACAAUGCCUUCCUGAAUUCACAAAUUCGGAAAAGUGUAAUAAAUAUUUUUAUCUUGUUUAUGGCGACGAUGGCAGAAUUUAUAAAAAUAUAUUUUGUUAUUUAUGCAAUAAGAAUGAUCUAAGCAAAGUUCUCGGCGAAACGACUAACCCAGUUGAAUUCCUGACCAGUUUUACUGACCUUUUCGAGAAGGCCGUAUACAAAGAACCAUGUGAUGGUACAAAGGCUUGGAUGGAUUUCCAUGUUAACAAGUGUCGACCAAUCAGAUGUGAAUCUAGCAAGGUGUUACGGGGUGGAUAUUGUGAACAUUAUAACAGAACGGCUGUAGGUAAUUCAUACCAUCUACUGCAACAACUGAGUAUAAUACCCACGGACAGAAUACAUAUCCUCAAACAGGUUGUCCAUAACGUGGUAACUUAUUUAUCUUAUGAAAUGAAUUCAACUGAUUAUCAUAUCAGUGUAACAAAUCAAGUUCCGGUGAAUGGCAAGUUAGUAGUUUUUGUCGAUAUAUGGUUUACAAUAACUAACAGUGUCUCGUUGAAUGAUUUCGAGUUAAACAUUUUUCAUUUGGGCAAAACAUUUUAUCGCAGUUUUUCAGCAAUAGAUGUGUUCAAUUCUGUUAACUAUACGACAUUAGAACACCCUCAGUCCUUAUAUGGGAAUUUUUCAUCUGAUUUGGAGGCUGAGUUGUGUUGCGCAGUUGACCAAAACAUGAUGUUAGACACUAAUAAGUAUGAACCAAUCACAAAUCAGUUGUCUUGUUCAUAUAUUGAAUUCAGUUCCGGUGAAUUUAGUUUGGAAUAUAUGGUUGCACGAAUUGACCACCUAAAUAUAACGUUAUGUGAUGGCGAGUUUUCACUUUACAAAAAUCAACUCAGGGUAUGUUUCGAGUUAUUUCUAAAUAAGGCUGGUCUAACAUAUAAUAAUCAAACCGUCUUGUAUAAUAUUGAAGGCGAAUCUUCUAAUGAUGAUCGUAAUACUACUCUUAUUAAGUUCUACCUUAGUAUCAUUUUGAUGGGUCUGUCAAUGUUAGGAUUAUUCCUGACAUUUAUAACUUAUCUGAGAUUUAGAGAAAUGCGAACUCAGCCAGGUAAGAACAACAUGGGUUUAGUAAUCAGCUUGUUUUUAGCCAAUUUAAUGGUUCUAGUAGGAGUUGAGAAAGUCGACAAUAUUAUUGCAUGUCAAAUUCUGGGUGUUGUUAUUCAUUAUUUAUGGUUAAGUAUGUUGCUAUGGAUGAACGUAUGUUCAUAUCAUAUGUUUAAAGUGUUUGUAUUGGACACGUUUACUGUGAUUGACAGUUCAGCUGGCGCUAAACAGACUCUGUUAUAUUGUCUCUAUGCCAACGGUACGCCCAUCCUUAUUGUAACAGCUAAUAUAAUUAUCAAUUAUAUUUUAUCACACGGCGCUGUUAUUGGUUAUGGCGGCAAGGCAUGUUAUCUGUCCACGCCACAACUGGUUAUUUAUUGUUUUAUUCUGCCAUUAUGUUUUGUUAUUUUAACUAAUAUUAUAUUCUUUUUAUCCACUAUUAUUUCUAUUAAUCGUGUCAAACAAACAGGUAAACAAACCGCGGAGAGACACAAUAUUUAUAUCUAUAUAAAAUUAUCAGUUUUAACUGGAUGCUUCUGGAUUUUUGCUAUUAUAACUAAUACUGUUAGAAGUCCUGUUAUGGAAUACAUAUCCGUUAUUCUCAACUCCUCUCAAGGAAUUUUUCUAUUCUGGUCAUUUGUGUUGAAUAAAACAGUCUUGUCUAAAUACAGACGUCAAUUUGCUGAGGUCAGCAAAUCUUCAUCAAGUAGGUUUAUUCGCUGGACGACGCAGAUACUGAGCGGAACGGAUAAACGCAGCUUGACGUCUGAUCGGAAAGGAGAAAAUCCCGAUUUCCGACGUGACGGAUAA